CCCGCCAAGCGCCCGCAUUGGCCCGCGGCGCACGUGUCUGGGAUGGGUGUCUGCGCCCGGGGAGGGAGGGAGCGCAGCGCGCCAGUGCCGCGGGCGAGGGCAGGCGGGGCGCCGGAGGGAGGGCAGAGGCUGCAGGCGAGCCGGGAUGCGCGAUGGCAGAGGCGGCCCGGAUCCCUUAUAGGACCACGGGGUCCACCCUUUUGCACCCGCUGAGUGACUUCUUGGGCAUCCCGCUGGACCAGGUCAAUUUUGUUGCUUGUCAGCUCUUUGCACUCUUGGCCGCCUUUUGGUUUCGCUUGUACUUAAGUCCCAGCCAUGCCAGCUCUGCUGUUCGUCACGCAUUUGCCACCAUAUUUGGAGUAUAUUUUGCUGUUUUCUGCUUUGGUUGGUAUUCCAUCCAUAUUUUCAUGCUAGUGAUGAUAAGCUACAGCAUCCUGAAUGUGGCCAGCAUCCCCAACAUUCACAGGUACUCUUUUAUGGUAGCUAUGGGAUAUCUCACGUUAUGCCACAUUAGCCGGAUAUACAUAUUCCACUAUGGUAUUCUCACUACAGAUUUCUCUGGUCCGUUGAUGAUUGUAAUACAGAAGAUCACUACUCUUGCCUUCCAAGUGCAUGAUGGAAUAGGCCGGAAAGCUGAAGAACUAACUGCUGAACAAAACCUGCUUGCUAUAAAAACAAGGCCUUCAUUACUAGAAUAUCUGAGCUAUCAGCUCAACUUCCUGAGUAUCAUAGCUGGCCCAUGCAGCAAUUUCAAGGACUACAUAGCUUUCAUCGAAGGGAGACAUGUGCAGAUGAAGCUAUCAGAAGUCAGCUGGAAGCAAAAAGGUCACGAUGGACUCCCUGAUCCUUCUCCAGUGGGAGCUGUGCUGCGCAAACUUUCCAUCACACUUGUAUCUUUGCUUUUGUUCCUGACCCUUACCAAGAACUUCCCGGCAACUUAUCUUGUUGAUAACCAGUUCAUCAGCAAGUCUUCGUUCUGGUCCAGACUUGGCUUCCUAUAUGUUGCCAUGCAAGCUUCAAAGCCAAAAUACUACUUUGCAUGGACACUCGCAGAUGCAGUCAACAAUGCAGCGGGCUAUGGGUUCAGUGGUGUUGACAAGACAGGCAAUUUCCACUGGGACCUUCUGUCUAAUUUGAAUAUCAGGAACAUUGAGAUGGCAACGAGUUUUAAAAUGUAUGUAGAAAACUGGAAUAUCCAAACCACUGCCUGGCUCAAACGCGUCUGCUAUGAUAGAGCUCCUCAGUACCCUACAGCUUUAACGUUUCUUCUGUCAGCUGUUUGGCAUGGCGUCUACCCUGGAUAUUAUUUUACAUUUGUCACUGGGAUCUUUAUGACACUAGCAGCCAGAGCAGUCAGGAACAAUUUCCGGCAUUUCUUCGUCUCCCCAAAGCCUCUCAAAACGGGCUAUGACAUUGUGACCUGGUUGGUAACUCAGCUCUCUGUCUGCUAUACCGUUGCACCAUUUGUUCUGCUAGCUGUUGAGCCUACAAUUAAAUUAUACAAGUCACUGUACUUUCAUAUGCACAUUUUAUGUGUACUUGUGUUGCUGGUCCUUCCAAUCAGAUCUCAAAAACACCUGAAAAGGCAGCAGCUUCCCAUUCAAGGCACGCACAACUCUGACAUAAACGAGAAAGCAAAAUGAUACCUCAAAAGGGAAUUGUCGCUCCUCUUCUGUGAGACACUGGAAAAAUGGGUACGAGCAAUACACCAUUGCAGUGGCUUAAUUUAAGAAACUUUUUAAAUGGACAGAAAGGAUAUGGACUGAUUACCAGUUAAGACUUGUUACUGGGUAAUGUUUACAUCCUUGAUGGGAGAAGAUAAUAUAUAUUUUUGUAAACUAAAGAGAGUAAUGGAGUGUCUUUAAUGUAUUUAAAUUCUUGCAGACGUCUAUCAUCUCUUAAAGUUAAUCUUAAUUAUCCAGUGCUUUUGAGAUGUAGGGGAAAGAUAAUCAUUGGAGGUUAGCUGUCAUGGACUGGCUAGAUGCAGAGGAGUGGGGGUGGGCACUAGCUGGGGAACCCCCAAGGGAACCCCCAGGGGAAGAAGGCUCAGAGUGAGGGGACUGGUGGUGAGAUGACAGUGAGUGGGCAGAGGGAGAAGAGGGAGCAGACUGCAGAGAGGAGGUGUUGGGAGCUGAAGAGGCAACAGGAUUUAGUGAGCAGGGAGAGGCCGUGGCAGAGACAAGUCCUGAGUCAGAGGCAGGAAAGGAGGCUCAAGGGGGCGGGGAGGCAAGAGGCAGUGAUCAGGCAGGCUGCUGAAGAAGCCAGGGAGUCUCACCCCCCCCCAAGAGGAAUGAAGAGGGCAGAGCAAAGAGAGACAAGAUGAAGGAGUCUCAGGCUGCUUGGGAAGGUCCCAUGGGAGGAGGAUACUUAGGCAAAUGUGGGAAGACCUUCACUCCCCACAACUGCCUCAUUCAGGCAGGAUCUACUGGGAAGAGUUGCCAUGCUGACUCAGCCUGAGCUGUUUUUUAUUUCUUUGUAUAAAGCAUUAACUUCACUGACAUCUUGUGAGUUAUGGCUGACCUGACCCCGACGCCCACCUUGACAUUAGCAGAUGGGUGCCCUAAGCAUCAAAAUGUUUUUCUUCCCCCACCCCCAUAUAAAACGAUUAAAGGUGAAAAGUAACUUGUAGUGUGUACCAGUAAUUCCCAAAUGGUGGGUUGCAAGGAAUUUUGUGGGUGGGUUUCCUGGAUGCACCAAAAGCUGCAAAGAAUUUGUGAUUCAUGGUCCAGAAGUGUGGGGACCAUUGGGCCCACAUAGACAGUACCUCCCUGCAAAAAGGAAACCUACAUGGGUGGGUCCUCUUUGGUAAAAUUACCAUAAGAACCAUUAACCUAGAACAAACAAAGUGCAUGCUGAGUGACUGGAAAUAGGCAUUAGGAAAGGGAAGAUCAUGGAGCAGGCUGGUUGUGGUUGCCCAUACAGAUAUAAAAUCAGGUAUAGACCAAGGUGAGAAAUGUGGGCUAGACAGGGUUUGAUAGAGAAUUACAGGCUUUUCCAGAACACUUCCUGUUUGACCUGUUUUCUAUGCUGAGCUUGGGUGAUUUCUCCCCACCACCACCACCACUGCCACUGAACUCCAUAAUCUUUUCCUGAUACUACAAACCUUUCAAAUGUUGCCUGCAUUCAUUAUUUCAUGAUAGCCGAACAAAGAUAAAUUACUUUGGCACUUGGAAAAUAACUCAGGGAACUUGGUGCGAAGCACUUGACUUAACCUUUUCGGAAUAUGCUUCCUAAUAUUCAAAACGAUGCUUGUAGGUUUUUAAAAUGUAAAUAGUUCUUUCCAUUUUUAAAUAAUAUGUUUUCUUUAUGAAGGGAACGAGAUAAAUUUAAACUUAAUGGAACUGAUGCAAACCCCUUGCCCUAUAAGUUUGCUUCCUUGUCCCCUGCCUACUCUUAGCUCAUAAGUGCUUCCCUCUGUCUGCCCACCUUGUUACCUAUAACCUAUCCCAAUUCAGAAAGCCUACUGAGCCUCAAGGAUGGAGUGCCCUGGUAGUGAAAGACAUGGGUGUUGCACCUGUCUGCUACUUAGGCGCAAUGAUAAUCUUUUUGCCCAAGUGGGUUCCACAUUCCAUCCACACUUCCGUUCUUUUAAAGUCCUGUUUGGCUACAUGCUUCAGAGCUGAAUUUGCUUUGAUCUUUUUUUAAUUUUGUUUUGCAGUGGGAAAGGUAUUAAAAUUCUGUAUAAAGUUGAGGGAUGAAAAAACGUUUUCCAGUUUCUGGUUGGAAAGGCGAGGGGAAGCUCUGAUCUUAAUGAGCUGGACUUUUCCAAAUCAAAUGAUCAAUGGAGAGUAGCAUUAAAUCACCUUUUAAAAGGUGCAAGUGAAGCAGAAUGCCUUGGGAACCAAUGUUACUGCUGUCUGUUAUCACUUAAUUGCUGUUUGGUCAUAUUAUGUAUUUAUUUUGGACAUUUUCACCCUGUUCUGCAAUCCAGGGAUUCUAAGCGCAAAUCUUUGUAAAGCUUUUUAAAAUAAAUAUUUUUUUUUAUCCAAAGAGCAUUUUUUGAAUAAUUAUUUAUUUGAGUAUUUAUACCCCAUCCUUCCAUUAUAAGAACACUCAAGGUGGAUCACAAUAUAUGAAAAAUAAUUGAAAAGGUAGCAACAGAAUAAUUAGUAAAACCAUGUGACCUUCCUGGAGAUCUAAGAUUCUGUUUUCUGGGUAUGCUUUAUUGAUUGUUUAUUAAGUUUUUAUUUUUAUGUAUGAUUUUUAUGUAUAAUUUAUGUUUAUGUGUUUUUGUCUGGCUACAACCUAUUUGACUGCCUUAUUGAUAAAUUUUAUUUACUCAAGCUAAAUUUUGCUCAAGAGUAGACUCACUGAAAUCAGUGGACCGAACUUAGCCAUGCUCAUUAAUUUCAGUGAGUCUACUCUCAGCAAAACCUAGUUGACUUCCCCACCCCACCCCACCAUGGCCUGCUCUAUGCUUCCUUUCUGCUGCAGCUGCAGUCUGCCUAUGAACUCGCCAGUUCCAUUUAGGUCUCCUGGCUAUUUGCUGUUGAUAGACAGCAAAUUUAUUUGAUUUGUCAGAUCCUUUUAAAAAGGGAUCUAUCUAAAUGCCACAAGUUUAAAAAGCUUCCCUUUCAAAAAUGUGACUUCUCACAUAUUGGGAAAAAGCGCUGGCUUAAAAAUGGCAUAUAGUACUGGUGACAUCUAGUGGCCACUGCUGUACACUUGUCCAAUCUACAUUUAGUUUUUCAGCUGAUUUUAAUUGUGCGAGAGGGCAGGGAACUGGCAACCUUCCAGAUGUUGAGAUUCAUAGAAUUGUAGGGUUGGAAGGGAUCACAAGGGUCAUCUAGUCCAACCCCCUGCAAUGGAGGAACCUUUCGUCAAACGCAGGGCUUGAACUCAUGACCCGAGAUUAAGAGUCUCAUGCUCUACUAACUGAGCUUCUAUUGGGCCUGGUCUCCCAUCAUCCUUGGCCCACAGAUUUCCCUGCCAUGGAGAAAGGAAAUACUUCUGUUUUUGUGUGGUUGGGAGAAGGGUGUGGAAAGCAGUAAAGGAACACAACUUUCUGCUUGUCAGCCAGCAAAUCCUAUUGUCAAGCGUUUCUGCUCUUUUUUCCUCUUUGGGUCUACAAAUCUCAGGGGGAAAGACUGGAUUCAUCCCCAGGAGUUGCCAGUUGCUGACCCCUAAAACGAAAUUGAAGGACUCAACAUCAUUCUUGGCAAGGGGUGGUUUCAGGCUUCACCCUUUUACCCUGUUUGGAUUUGAGCACCUUUCCAACACAGGAAGGUGAAAGCGUUUGGGGUUUUUUAAGUUUGGAGAAAAAGGUAACUGAAGGCUGGGAUGUGAUAUGAUCUAGUUGAGAUUCUUGCAUUUGCAGGGGGUUGGACUAGAUGACCCUUGGGACCCUUCCAGCUCUAUGAUUCUAUGCUAGAAGUCCAUAACAUUAGCAGAGUCGGGAAAGAAGGGACAGAGAGAAACUCGUCUAGCUUUUGCUCUUGCUCCCACUUUGUGAUACUGGCAGCACAAUGCCAGAGGAACCUAGGAAAUCACCAUUUACUGAAACAGCUGGUCUGUCUAGCCCAGUCUUGUCAACACUGGCAGCAGCUCUUCAAGUUUCCAGGCAGAGGUCAGCCCUACCUGGAAAUGCCAGGGAUUGAACCUCAGACCUUCUGCUUGCAAAGCCAUAUACUCUCUCUUAUGGGUUGCAUCCCUUUGCCUGAUUACCUUAUGAUGCAUGAAUGUGAAGAUGUCUGGGUCUGUGUUACCUGCAUGAAUUGAGAAUGACCACCCAAAACAUGAGAAAAGAGGUUGCCCCGCUUAUGGAGAAAGAGCUGACUGCUGCUGGGCAAACCUUUGCUAUGUGCAAGGCAGAGUGUGUCCAAUGCAGACCUUCACGUGAAUGUUGUCAUCAAGCAAUCUCAUUCCAAAGUCUGGUCAAGGGAGAGGAGCAUUUUCAGGUUCUGAGGCGGUGUGUAAAGGUAUGUUCCCUGUGCAGCUAUCCAUCUAGCAGUGGACAGCUUAGUUGGUUAGAGCAUGAUGCUGAUAACACCAAGGACGCAGGUGUGGUAACUGUAUGGGACAGCUGUGUGUUCCUGCAUUGCAGGGGGGGGGGUUAGGCUAGGGUCCCUUCCAACUUUACAAUUCUAUGAUUCUAUGACCAGUCUUGGCUGUAGGAGAUGAAUUGGAGAAGGAAGGAAUCCUAGGAGCUCUUCCAAGAGCUGGGACAGCAAGGGGAGAACUUGACACUACUCUGCUUUUCAGACCCUUCCAUGACAGGAUGGCGAACAAUGCUGAGUUUACGGGUGGAAACUCAUCUCUGGAAUGCUGUUUUGUUUUGUGCCCAAGGCUUGGUGUAUAUAAAACUGCAAUGCAGCCUGUCCGUUCAGCAGGAGCCUGGGUGGGUGCCUGGAGGGGAAGUGGCUCUCAUACCAUUUUUUGUUUUAUUUGCAGUAUUUAUAUAACACAGUUCUCUGGGUGGCUUUCAAAGAAAAUGGUGGCAUGUAAUUAAAAAUACAAUACCAGAAAAUAACAGUUUGCUGCAUAAUUGGAGGUUUUCCCCCAACCAAAGCAGAAAGGGAGACAACUGAAAAUAUAAAGUGCACUGUCAUUAAAAGCAACAUUGAAAGGUGAGCGAGACUUGUGGCAGGCACUCUGCAGCUGGGGUGCCACCAUCAAAAGGGCCCUCUCCCUGGUCACCCUUUCCCUUAUUUCACUUGGCAGAGGCACCCAUUUGGCGGAUUGGGGCCUGCUGAAGAAGACCUCCGGAUACAGACAGGUACAUGUAAGGUAAAGUGAUCUUUUCAGUCUCCUUGUCAUAAUCUUGCUGACUGCGGCACAACUUUCUACAAGGUAGCCAGCUUUGAGUUAGGAAUGGACGAAUCUGUCAGUUCUCAUUUGUCUCUGUUCCUCAUUUUUCCUGUUUCAUUUUCUCUGUAUUUUUGCAUGCGUUU